AUGGCUGGGCAUCCACUGUGUUUGGAAUAAUAUGAAUGUAAUAAGUAAUUUCUUUUGAUUGAGCUACCUGCUGUGAUAGAUUUUGAGUUCAAUCAUUUUAUUCAUGAUAUUUGAUAUUUAUUUUAAUGGCUCCUCCUUCUCCCUCUUAACCUGCUUUAAGGGAUCAAAGAAAGGAUUGCUCAGUACGGGUGUAUUUCAUUGUUUUGUGGGGGUUGUUUUUUACAGUCUGGCAUUAUGCAUAUUAGGUCAAGCUACCAAAACAACAUUUGUUGACAAAACACAGCACAUAUGUUCCUGAAAACUGGAAGUGAUGACCUGGAAGCAGGCCACUGGCAUCCAGAGCUCUCAUCUUUCUCAUAAUCUGUUCAUGGGCACAUUAACGCUCACAGCCUCAUACCGCCUCUCCCCUCCUGGCUUUGUGAGUAAUGAGUUCCUGUGGACGGUAAAGGGAUUUAAGGAAAACGUAAAAGCCAGACCGUGGGAGAUAGUUGCUAUCUGUGACAUUAGGAAUGAUGGAUCUCUGUAUGUCUGUGCAUGCUGUCCUCUGUCAGAGGUUUUUGUGUGUUUGUGUAGAUAUUGUUCUAGCACAGUUUCUAAAGUGAUUAAUGUAGUUCUACUACUCCUUCUUCUUCACUCUGCAUUUUUGGCACCCGGCACCCAAAACGCAGUUUGAUGUUUUGUUACCAAAAUGUUGGAACUUAGUUUAGAAAUACACUGGUGCCCAGUAAGCAAACUUAAUUCCCAACAUAGUGCCUCAGGAUGAAUCUAGUCGGUGUGCAUGCCUUUGCAUGCCUUCCUGUAUACAGUGAGCAUCAUAUUACAGAAUCUAGAAGUGUGUGUGUGUGUGUGUAUAUACCUGUUUAGACAUCUGUGUGGGGACCAACAGCCACUAGUCAGCACUAAAGUGCCUGUCCUCACAAGUUUGAUGGCAUUAUUAAGACUCAAAAUGUAGUUUUAGUGUCAGAGUUACAAUUAGGUUAUGGUUGGAUGGAGGCUAGUGUUAGGCAAACAUUUUUGAUGGUUAGGGUAAGCAGCUAGAGAAACAUUAUGAGGACAUCAACUAGAUGUCCUCACUAAGAUAUCAACACGAGAAUGUGUGUGUGCGUGUAUGUGCAUGUGUGUUUCAGUACUGUAACAUAAUAGAGCUCACAGCAUUUUGUUCUUCAUAAUCUUAUUAGCUAGAAAGGUCCUAAUCUGAUGUCUGGUCAUGAUAAUGUAAUCUUCACGGUCAAACAUUUAACUUGGGCUUUAUAGUAUUAGUGUCCUUUUGUAAAGCCACUCAGUCAGACUACUUUGUGCAUGCGUGCGAGGUCAGACAGCAGUCUUAAUGUAAAGCUAGUUGCAGUAAAUCUGUAAAAAAAAAUCCAAACAGUUUUAUCUAAUUGAAUAAAUUUCAUUGAUCUUGAUAAACGGGUCACAUUUAGCUUCCUCCAGGGUCGUCACCACAGGUGAUCAGGUUAUUGUGAUGUGAUAUAUGUAGAACUUGUGUAGAAAAAGACUGCAUGUAAAAGUUUAUUUAGCUUACUUUAGCUUUCUACUUUAGCUUUAUUACCAUGAACAUUGCACAGUGGUGUAUUUUGACCCAAACUAGGGCGUAAACCAAACCUCAGUCAAACCAAACAGACAGUGAAAACUGAAAAAAAAAAAAAAUCAAGAAAAUCGACCAAUUAGCAACUGAAAUUAGGUGUUUACUAAACUAUCAGCAACUGCUUUUAUAUCAACUGAUGAAUGAAAAUUAAAAAAGAUAAAGAAGAGAUGGGAGAAAAACCAUCUGAUGAGUGUUGAUGUUGCAUAGCUUGUUCACCAGAGGGCACUCUGCAACUUCACUAUGGCACCACGCAUGUAUGGAUGCCCAACCAACCAGUUGAUCUGAGCAGUGUAAAUGAGUAAGCAACUACACAAAAUAGGUGUUAUGGAAAUCUGUUUGUUUUGUUUUUAUGAAGGAAAAAAUUACUGGCCAAUAUAUCAAAAUAUCACAUGUUUAAGUCACUAAAUAUUGAUAUUGUUUGACACAAAUGCCAUCACUACAGUCAUAUUGUGACUUACUGUAACUACACGGUAAUGCCAGAUAGAGCCCUGGUUUUAAAUGCUAUCUGGUUCUGAUUUAAAAAAUGACCAUAGUUUUCAUCCAAACUGAGAUUUCAGUUUGUUAACUUGAAAUUUCAAGAUAUUUACAAUUUUGACUCAAAAUUUUCUUCACUUUCAGCAUUUGAAUCCUAAUUAUCAAGCAAUAAAAAAAAUUGAUAAUAAUUUUUUGUCUUAAUCACCAGCCACUAGUUGUCAAGACACCUCGAGGCAUGGUAAAAUGGGCUGUUUUUCUCUGAGGACUUUAGUUGGAUUUUGUUGCCACUGGUCAUAAACUGGCCCCACAUAACCAGAAUGGCAACUGAUAAAAGUUUGAGUGACCUGUGUAAUCCCAAAGUCUUUUUAGAGUGGAAAAACAAAUGCUUGUCACACACAGAGCAAUGAAAACCCCUCAUAUUAAGAUUUGGUGCCCCCUAGUGUUCAUAUGGCAACAAUACAUAUUGACUUAUGUUAAUCAUAUUGCUCUAAUCUCCUUAGUCAGGGGGCAGCUGACGACUCUCUGGCACAUUCCUUCCACUGAUUUCUAACAAAACAUCAGAUGAAAUUGGAUAUUUGAUGGUACUCUACACAAACGCUGCAUUAUCACACACACAGCUUCCCGUUUCACUAAACUGCCACACUGGUGUUGCCAUAUUUCCUCUUCUUUUUAUCCCAGACUAUCUCUUUAUUUGUUUUUUAAAAUUUCUUUAACUAAAUAAAAAAGGUAAUUAAUAAUGAGUUCUGUUUGAAGUGGUUUAAAGCUAUUGCUUUUUUCACCUUCAUUACUGUUGAAUCAUGUUGAUUAAUCAAUCCAACACACACACACACACACACACACACACUGACAACUGAUAAUUGUUCAGUGUUGUUUCUUUUGAUGAAUUAAUGGACAACAUUUUGUAAAAAUCCAGUUAUGUUAGUAAUGUCCUUUUUUGUCCUGCUGCUGAUUUUCAGGAAUGUGGGCUAUUUCAUAGCAUCUGUUUCACAGUCUUGUGAGUUACAUAAGUGCUCCAAAGCAAACAUUACUUCCUUAUUUAUCAUAUCACUGAAGCUAACUUUACUGUGACAAUUUCUAUAUUGGCAUCUAUUAAAAUACGGCUGAUGCAAAAAUCUAAAUAGUUUAGGGAGGUAGUUAUGAUAUUAAUUGGUCUACGUGAUCCUUAUGAUUCUGGAUGCUUGACUCAUAUAGUAACUAUAAUAUACUUUAAUGCAAUGCUGUCAAACAAAAGCAAUAGAGACUCUGUAAACUAAGAAAUCCAAACGGAAGGCAUUGGGAUUUUUAGGCUGUUCUACUUAUAUAAAAAGUUUGGUAUCCUUAGUCGGCUUGUGUUAAGGUGAUGACCAUGAGCUGCGACUUUCCACCUGUGUGAGGGCCUUGUGGAUUUAUUUAAUUACACAUCACGCUACAUCCGAAUUUCCAGCAGGAUACAGUAGGCCAUGUUCUCUUAAAGUUUUGGCUGAUGUCAUUCGGAUCCCUCUCCAUGUGGGCAAGGGGCACAGUAAAGAAACUCCAAUGUGGAUAUCAUCAGCUAGCACACUGUUCCCUGUGUUGAUGACAGUAUGGCCGCCUGCCUUUGCCUGGCUGACUUCGUUGAAUCUUCUAUUAUAACGUCACUCUAAAGUGAGACAAUUUGUUCACUUACACAUUACAGUUAAAAAUAAUAAUUUUUAUAAAUCAAAACAUUCAAAUAAAGUCUGUCAUUUAGACAGCUGAUUAAAGUACACAAACUACACAAAUAAAUUGGUAUGCAAACUCACGCUGCACAGCAUCACCCGCCUCUGACAAAGGCCUGUUUUCCCGUCUCUGAUUAAACUCCAAUACUUCAUGAUCAAACACCAUUUGUAGUUUUUAUUUCCAUCCCAUAACACCUCUGCCUGCUCGCCUUCUGUCCACCCUUAGACUAGUAAACACAAAACUUCCUAAUUCAAAGCAGAAGUGUGUGGAAGUAAAUGGAAGAGAGAGUGAGACAGAGGGAGCGUUAUAAAAAACUAAAUCUAGUGAAAAGGGAACAGCUAAGUCAAAGUGUGGAUUGAUGGGGUAGACUUAUGAAAAACAGCACAGCGAGCGAAAGAAGGGGGAGGAGGAGUGGUGAAAUCAGAAAGGCAAAAGUUUAAUAAUAUCUGCCCACGGAGGCAGAUGUGGCUUAUUGCCACCACUGGUCUGAAAAACAGCCACUACGGGUUUGUUUAUAGUCAGCGUAGUGGAAGAGAGAUAACAUUUUUAGAGGAUUAGAGGCAGGAAAUAAAAGGCAGCACCAAAUAAAGAAGAAAAUGCAAGAGUUUGGCCAGAUCCUCAGGGAUAAAGAAGAGGGACAGAAGGAGGCAUGGGAGUGAAAGAGAAGGGAUUAAUGAAAGAGUGAAGGAUAGGGAGGAGAAGGGAGAUGGCAGGCGUUUUAGUCAGCGCAAAAAAGACGUCACAGUGACAGAAAAGGAGUGUGCGAGUUUACCGCGGUUAAGUGACCUGAGCAGGUCUUAUGUAAUCAUAAUUAUAAUCAUGUGGGUUUUUUCUUCACUAUUACUGUAAACUAUUAGUCAUCCACUAACAGAUAUCUGUAAACCUGUUUUGCACAUCGUGUGGUUCAUACCUCAGAAAUUAUUCAUACACUAUUUCAUUGUCCGAAUGAUCCUGGUGGUUAAUGAUUGGUGCUUCGAGUAUGCUUCUGGGUUUGUUAAGCAGAUACUCUUACACAAUGCGCUGGUUAUAAGUGAUUAAAGAUCAUAACAAAUAGAUUUAAAAUGAAACUUGAAAAAAUAUAUAGUAGGAAAAUCUACUCGUAAAUCAUAGAGAUAAUGAUUGCCAUUCAACAAUACAUUUCAGUUGAGAAAAUAUUACACUAAGCAGGUUGGGAAAUUCUGCAAGGCAACAGAGGGAGAAGCUGGAAGAGCGUGUGUGUGUGUGUGUGUGUGUGUCUCUUUGGGAGGUUGCAUCACAGGAAACAAGCUCCCCCUCCUGCAGUUGAAUGUGACCCUUUGGCCCUGGAUCAAAUGCUCCUCCGGGCUGAAUACCAUGAAGCCUCUGUCCUCUGCACCACGCUCUGCUCUGCACUGCACGGACGGCAGGAGGAGGGUGGGUGGGGGGUUCGGGGGUCAGGACAGAUAGGGUGAGGAGUGGAGUUGCAGGAGGGGGCAGGAUAAAGGGGUAGAGAAAAUUUGGCUGAUGCAGAAGUGAGAAUUAUAAGCAGUCAACAUGAAGCUCAAGCACAUAUGCUACCUGUAAACAAAUGCAGACUGGCCCCCCUCCCUCCCCCCGCUGGCAGACAUGCAUGUUUUUAAAGCCUAAAAAGUGGAGCCGGAGACGCCGACUCUGGCUCGUCUGUUUAUGCUGCCGAGGGGAUUGAAUCGGGCAGAAGACGCUCCUAUUUUUAGUCCCAUGCGCGAUGGAGGGAUCGAAAAGCAAACAGACAGUAUAUGCACAGGCAAAGCAGAGAGAGCGAGACGGGGAGAGAGAGAGACAGAGGCAGUGAAAGGAAGGGAGGAAGAAGGAGUGACUUAUUUGUGAAGUUCUGCAAGUUUGGAUGACUGGCUCAUUGCUGUCUGAGGAGGGCACAUGGCUGGACUUGGGCAGAGGGCAGAGCUGGGAGGCUUUCUCUGCUAGAAGCAGCAGCUUCCAUUCGCUCUCCAGCCUUCUUUCCUAAUAUUACAAGCCAGUUUGAGCUCUCUUCUGCAUUCUCAAGUGCUACAUAAAUGCCUCUUUGACUUCUUGUGGGGAGCUGAAGCAGUAGAAGGGGCUUAGAGGAGGAUUGACCCCGCCAUGGAAUGCUGUAGAUUUGCGUGCAGGGUUUCAGGAAGUUUUUCUUCCCCUUCUCGGGUUCAUAGGUUUGGGUCCGGAUCCAAAAACUGUGUGCGCUUCUUAGAAUUCCCUCAGAGACUCAAACCAAGGGUGCUGUGGCUCUGGUAAUGAUUUAAAGGACAAGCAACAACCACGGGCCAUUUAAACGUGUAUGCACUUUAUUUGCACCUACAUUCAUCCCAGACGAAGGAAUUCAGGAUGCGACGCUUUGACAAGCUGAAAAAGACAUUCCCCUUCCUGGCACGCUUUCACGUAUAUCGAAAACUGGGCAGCAGCAUGCAAUGUGAGGAAGGGACGGAAUGGUUGCUGGAACUGCUGAUGGAAGUGCAGCUGCAGCAGUACUUCUUACGGAUCCGAGAUGACCUUAACGUCACACGGCUGUCGCACUUUGACUACGUAAAGAAUGAAGACCUGGAGAAAAUCGGCAUGGGUCGACCCGGGCAGAGAAGGCUGUGGGAGGCCGUGAAAAGGAGGAAAGCCAUGUGCAAGCGCAAGUCCUGGAUGAGCAAGGUUUUUAGUGGUAAACGUCCAGAUGGAGGAGACAUACCCCAGCAGGGUCAACCGGCUUCCUCGUUUCGUAAGCUGUCUCCCACACCACCUCUGGGCGUCGGGGAGGGAGUCCUAGCCACGCAGCCCAGUGGUGGCACUCUCCUCGACGGGGAGCAGCAGGGUCUGACCUGCCUCAUCCCAGAGAAGGACUUAACGCUGUUUGAGAAGCUGGGCGACGGCUCAUUUGGCGUCGUGAAGAGGGGAGAGUGGUUGACACCUGCGGGGAAGGUGCUGAACGUGGCUGUGAAGUGUCUGAAGACAGAUGUGCUCAGUCAGCCCGACGCUCUGGAGGAUUUCAUCUGUGAGGUCAACGUCAUGCACUCGCUGGACCAUCAAAACCUGAUCCGCCUCUACGGUGUGGUGCUCACACACCCAAUGAAGAUGGUGACUGAACUGGCACCUCUCGGUUCUCUGCUGGAGCGUUUGCGCUGCGUUCGUCCUCAAGGCCCAGUGUUGAUCCACACUCUGUGUCAGUAUGCUGUGCAGGUGGCUUGUGGCAUGGCUUAUCUGGAGCAGAGGAGGUUCAUCCACAGGGACCUGGCAGCGAGGAACAUCCUGCUGGCCACGGCUCACAGAGUGAAGAUUGGUGACUUUGGCCUGAUGAGGGCGCUGCCUAACAACCACGAGCACUAUGUCAUGCAGGAGCAUCGCAAGGUCCCCUUUGCGUGGUGUGCCCCAGAGAGUUUAAAGACCAGAACCUUCUCCCAUGCAACAGACACUUGGAUGUUUGGAGUCACCCUCUGGGAGAUGUUCACACACGGUCAGGAGCCUUGGCUGGGUCUUAAUGGUAGUCAGAUUCUCCAUAAGAUUGAUAAAGAGGGUGAGCGCCUCCCUAAGCCAGAGGAUUGUCCACAGGAUAUCUAUAACGUCAUGCUGCAGUGCUGGGCUCAGAAACCUGAUGACAGACCAACUUUUGUUGCUCUACGCGAGUUCCUGCUCGAGUCUAUGCCUACAGACAUGUGUGCUCUCCAGGACUUUGAUGAGCCUGACAAACUCCAGAUCCAGGUCGAUGACAUUAUCACCAUCAUAGAGGGGAGGGCAGAGAAUUAUUGGUGGCGAGGUCAAAAUAAGCGCACCCUUAAGGUCGGGCAGUUCCCCAGGAAUGUGGUGACUUCUGUAGCAGGGUUGUCUGCACACGACAUCAGUCGUCCACUCAAGAACAGCUUCAUCCACACAGGACAUGGAGACACCAAUCCCCAUCGCUGCUGGGGCUUCCCUGACAGGAUCGAUGAUUUGUACCUCGGGAAUCCCAUGGAUCCUCCUGACGUUCUGGGCUUGGACCUCAGUGCUGCACAGCCCACACAGCUAGCAGGACGAGCUAAAAAGGAGCCUCCUCCCCGCCCUCCUCAACCAGCAGUGUUAAUCAAGAAACCUUCCUAUGACCCAGUAAAUGAGGAGGAGGAUCUGACCUCUGCGGGACUAAAGAGAUUAUCACUUCGGAAAAUGGGUUCUGUCAAAGGCCUCAAACUUAAACCGGCCGUGUGGGUCUCUGCUUCCAAACAGGGAGGUUGCAGGACUUUAGGCUCAGGCCAGAACACUAACAGUGAAGUUACCCUCAUUGACUUUGGGGAAGAGUACCCAAUAUCCACACCGUCCCCCUCUCCCGUGGUUGAAAUUCCAAUUCCUCUAUUGGCCAAGUUGGCUUUGGAAGCAGAAAAUCUCCUGGACAGGACACCACCUCAAAGCCCAUCCAAAUCAUUGCCCCGCCCCCUUCACCCUACACCAGUAGUGGACUGGGAUGCACGGCCAUUACCCCCACCCCCAGCUUAUGACGAUGUAGCACAAGAUGAGGAUGAUAUGGAGGUGAGCUCCAUCAACAGCUCGGAGCAGCAGAAUGAGGCAGAGCACAGUGAUGGCCGCAAUCCAGAAGAAACUCUGUCCUCUGGGCAGAAGGUCAAUGAUGAGGCUCUAGUCUCCAGAGGUUCAGACAGACAAGGUCUGGAAGACAACCUGUUUCUCCCCAGCAAGCACAGCCAGGGCCUGUCCACCUCUUUUUCACAGUCUGCAGAGAUCUUUCAAGAACUUCAACAAGAGUGCAUGAGGAGGCUCAAUGUACCGGCAGCAAGUGCUCCUCGUUCAUGCUCGCCAUUGCAGAGCUCAGUCUCGUGUCCCCAGACUCCUCAAAGUCUCCAAACCCAACAGCAGGGACAACAGCAAAGUGUCCUUUCCUGUAACGAGGACCGACCCCAGAUCCCCCCACGAGUUCCCAUCCCCCCUCGCCCCAUAAAGAAGGGUGACUACACCUCUGGCCACUGGUCAAGGGACAUCUCCCUUUCUCCAGUGCCGACUGAAACCACGGAAAAUGUUUCAGGUGCAGGACAGGAACGACCACCUCAAAUCCCUCCCAGAGACCCUUUGUCUCAGCCUGGAUCAAGAACUCCAAGCCCAAUGGGUCUGGUAGUGGGUUCCCCCCAGCAGAGGCUCUACUCUGUCAGCCCCAACACAAUGCAGGCUGCCAUUACAACCUGCCCACCCACACACACCUACAGCUCCUACCUCUCUACCUCUCCAGGUAAACUCAUGCCUACUACACACAGCUUUGCUUCGGACCCCAAAUAUGCUGCACCCAAAGUGAUCCAGGCCCAGGUGCAGGGGAAGGACGCUGCUAGCAAGGGCCCCUGUAUCCUGCCUAUCGUCCGUGACGGGCGUAAAGUCAGUAACACCCACUAUUACCUUCUGCCAGAGAGGCCACCGUAUCUCGAUCGAUUCGAUCGCUUCUUCAGGGAGGCUGAAAGCCUUCCUGCCAACGAUGUGGAAGAAAAGCAUGUACGGCAAGCCAACACAGCCACAGUCAGACCAAUGGUGGUCAGCAGUCACACACUGCAGGGGCACACCCAGGUGCAGGGGCUGGUCCAGCCGGGUGGGGACCUGAAAGCCAAUUUCUCCUCCAAUAAUAACAGCAAUCUGGGUUGGCCACGGUCAGGGAUGAAGAGUUCAGUUAGUCUUCCUCGCGUCUCUUCAGACGGGCUGACAGCACCAGCAGUCACUGCUUUCUGUACCAGGACAGACGGAGGAGGGAACUCAGCUGAUAGGGUCAAGAUGGUGCAGGAGGCGGUUCACGGUGUGACGAUGGAGGAGUGCCAGGCCGCCCUCCAGAACCACAACUGGAAUGUCCAGCAAGCUGUGCAUUAUCUAAAGGUAGAACAGUUGUUCUGUUUGGGCCUGAGGAGCAGAUCAGAGUGUCUAAAGCUGCUGGAGAUGUGUGACUGGAACCUGGAGGUGGCCAGCACUCACAUGCUGGAUAACUAUGGAUCUACAACAAGGCAAAGACGGUGACAGAAAUCUCAAGCUGCUGAGCUCUGAUUGGAACUUCAUCCGCAGUAAAACAUCAUCAGAGAUGAAUCAUCUCCUGACCUUUUUUGUCUGUUGGUUCAGUCACACUUCCAAUCAAGACUGUAUUAGAGACUCAGAAAUUAAGCACAAAAUACCAAACUUCAUUAUGGCUGUGUUUGUACUUAACAUGGAUGUGUAGGGUCAUAUUUUUACUUUGGUGUGCCCACCCAAGGGCAAGAAAUGACUGUACUUGUAUUUUCAGGACCAGCGGGUUAGCCUGAAACGUCUCACAGAUUCUGGGUGCUGUCACACUCAGACGUCGUCUUGUGAGCUACUUGCAUAGAAAAAGAAAUGGUUUGAAAGGAAAUGUAAAGAGGCCAAAAUGAGAUGGCUAGCGCAAUAUACAUAGGAGCACUUUCAAAAACAAAAAAAGUCUUUGUGUUGUCUCAAAGCAAUGCACAGUUUACUGGAGAGUUCACACGAUGUACAAUAUCAGCACUGAACCUAAGAACUGGACCGUGUGCGUACUGUUCUUUAAAGCUAAACCUCCUGUAUUAGCAGCUAUUGCAUCACUUGGAAAAUAAUUUGUGAAAGCUCGCACAGUACCUCUGAAACGUCCAAGCACAAUAAAAUAAGCCACUUAAUUGGCUGACAACUCUGUAUUGUACAGGAGAUUAUUCUGCCCAUUAAAGGAAAGUGAAAAUAUGGAGAUAAGCAUCGAAUCAAGACAAUUCAUGGAAAUAUAAGACUGCAGAAGAAGUUUGUACACUUGUACACCUACAUUCGAGGGUAUAUACAAUAUGCUCUUUAUGAGGAGGCAUGCAUGUGUGUAUGAUAUUGUUUAAUAUAUCUUGAACAUAGUCCUCAGAGAUGAGAGAAGACUGUUAUUUCCAUUACUUGUGACACCAUCUUUUUAAAAAUAUUUCAUUCUCUUCUGUCUCUAUUGCCACAUGUGGCUAAAAAACAAAAAUACCCAUUCAGUGGAAACUUUCUUCACUGCAGGUUUAGGCUUUCCUCAUUUCUUCCCUCUAAGCACUUUGCCUACACAGAAUCCUGCGCAUCAACCGAAAAGUCCUGCCAGCGUGCGGUUUUCUCUGUGCACCCAGAAUACACCGGCAGCUAAUAUCAGCGGUGUAGUGAAAUUUACCCCAAGGCACAGAUCCCAUCCCAUAAUCAUCACUUAAGACCACAACUGUGAUAUUUUGGUCAGCAGCUUUAGGGGUAAUAAUUUAAUACUGAGAGGACGCGUCUGCUCUGGGUGAACUGACUGCUCGAUGACAUGGUACUCUUUUUUUUUUUUUGGACUGUAUUGUCACUGCAGCAGAGCCAGUUAACAGGGAACAAUUGGGCUCCUCCUGAUAUUUAUUCUUAGUAUGUGGGGAUGACACCAGUGAAAGGAAGGAAAAUCUACAGUAAGGUAGACUGAAUACUUUUGUGUGGCCAACCACACAAAAGUAUUGGUUACAAAAGUAACCAAUGCUGGAAAGCAGUGCUUUACAUAGUUUUUAGUUAACUCCCGUGAUCUCUGUGGUGCUCCUCUUUAAACUGUCUUUGCCAAAAUAUCUAUUUUGCUUUCUGAAUUACAUUAUAUUACAUAUAAAACACAUAAUAUGUGUGUUCAUGUGUGAGACUGCACAUAUGCUCUGGCUUUGGUCCAAACCAGAGCUCAAUAUGUCUACAAAUCUCCAAGGAUGCGACUGAAAGAAAAAAAAAAAAAGAAUAAAAAAGCUAACAGAGUCAUAACAACCUGAAAAAUUAAGAGGCUUUGAAAUAAGUUUUGAAAUAUAUUUUUUAAAGGAUGUACAGGACUGAUUGUAGAAACUUCCAGUAAAAGCUUUCUCCCAUGUGCAAUAGGGCUGCUGUCAAUCCUCUAACCUCCCAGCCUGUCCGUCAGUACCAUCCAGUAGCAAAAGCAGAGAUUUUAUCUGUUAUAAUCUAUCCUGCUAAAUGAAUAAGAAAAAUCAAAAGAAAAGCUGUUUUUUUUUCAGUGUAAAAUGUUUGUUGACUGUUUUUCUGACCCAAAGUGAGAUAAAGUUGUCCUUAAGCACUGAUUCGGGGCCAGUUUUGCCAUUUUCCCUUUAAAGUCACGCGGUGAAGCUGACUGUGAAAGCAGUGCAUAAGGACAGCUGCAUGUUAGUGCUGCCUCCUUAGUCUGUUCACGUGUUGUUUGUCUUCAUACCGAGCUGCUGUAGUUGUAUUAGAAGGACUGAAGUUAACCUUGUGGUGUUUUGGUGAACCCAAAGCAAAGUUCUCCUGUUGGGGUGUUGAAACUCUGAUGUUCUGUUUCUGUUAAACAGUCAGAUCUGUUUUGGUUUUUUUCCUGAAUCUGUGUUCAUUUAAAAAUCUUUAUUUUUUAUUGGUUUUGCUGUUUCUCCUUCAAAUUGCCAUAUUUUUUCCUCAUUUUGAUGUAUUUGCCUUCCCAGAAUGUGUUUCAUUGUAAAUGCCUACUGUACAGUUGGUUGUUAUUGUCAUGGAUGGAAAUGAAGAUCAUGCUGCGGAAUUUAUAAAUGUAUUUUUUACUAAAGAA